AGUCUUGCAAAGAUAAUCUAGCCUUUUAUUGUUGUCCCAUUUCAUAAUGCAAAUGACUGAAGCGGCAGCACGAAAAUAAGAGUGAUAAUUUAUGAAUAUACUAAUUAAUAUACAAGGAAGCAUUGUUUAGCUGUGACUCAUUGAUCUUUUGAACCAAAGAAGCAACACAAAAGCAUGGAAAUGAGUGCGGCAAUGCUUGCACGGGUCUCCUUUUAUCCAACGCUGCUCUACAAUGUGCUCAUGGAAAAAGCAACGUCAAGGAAUUGGUACGAUCGUAUUGAUGAAAAUGUUAUACUUGGAGCGCUGCCUUUCAGAAGCCAAGCAAAUGACUUAAUUGAAAAGGAAAACAUGAAAGCUGUCGUGUCAAUGAAUGAAGACUACGAACUUACCGCGUUUUCAAACGACUUAGUUAAAUGGAAGGCUCUCGGCAUUGAGUUUUUACAACUGGCCACCACAGACAUAUUCGAAUCACCUAAUCAGGACAAACUUUACCGUGGCGUUGAGUUUAUAAAUCGCUUUUUGCCACUCUCGAAACGCAUACCGAAAUUCGAUUCCUCGCAAUAUGCUGAGAAUAUUGGUUCGGUUUAUGUGCAUUGCAAAGCGGGGCGAACACGGAGUGCCACCUUGGUGGGAUGCUACCUCAUGCUGAAAAACGGUUGGACCCCAGAUCAAGCUGUUGACCACAUGCGUCAAUGUCGACCACAUAUCUUACUGCAUACCAAACAAUGGGAUGCGUUGAGAAUAUUCUAUGCAAAUAAUGUGGAGCCCCAGUCAUGACCCAGCCCUGACUGAUAUGCU